UUUGGGUUAAAAGACUUUUUUAAUCACAGUUUAAGCAUAAUUCAUUAGUUUAGAAAACAAUACAUAAUUAAAAAAAAUGGAUGAAGAUGUUGCUGCUCUCGUUGUUGAUAAUGGAUCCGGAAUGUGCAAGGCUGGUUUCGCCGGAGACGAUGCACCCAGGGCUGUGUUCCCGUCCAUCGUCGGACGACCAAGACAUCAGGGCGUAAUGGUCGGAAUGGGACAAAAAGACAGUUAUGUAGGCGAUGAAGCUCAAAGCAAAAGAGGAAUCCUAACACUCAAAUAUCCAAUCGAACACGGAAUUGUCACCAACUGGGAUGACAUGGAAAAGAUCUGGCAUCAUACUUUCUACAACGAACUCCGCGUAGCACCCGAAGAACACCCGGUUCUUCUUACCGAAGCUCCAUUAAAUCCAAAAGCCAACCGUGAAAAGAUGACUCAAAUUAUGUUCGAGACUUUCAAUACCCCCGCAAUGUACGUCAAUAUUCAAGCUGUACUUUCACUCUACGCAUCUGGAAGAACCACAGGUAUUGUUAUGGAUUCCGGUGAUGGCGUUUCACACACUGUACCCAUCUACGAAGGAUACGCUCUACCCCAUGCUAUCUUCCGCCUGGAUUUGGCUGGACGUGAUUUGACAGAUUAUUUGAUGAAAAUUCUGACCGAACGCGGACAUUCUUUCACGACAACAGCUGAACGUGAGAUUGUUCGUGAUAUCAAAGAAAAGUUAUGCUACGUCGGUCUUGACUUCGAACAAGAAAUGCAAACUGCUGGCACCAGCAGUUCAAUCGAAAAAAGUUACGAACUUCCAGACGGACAAGUCAUCACCAUCGGAAACGAAAGAUUCAGAUGCCCAGAAGCCUUGUUCCAACCAUCCUUCUUGGGAAUGGAAAACGCUGGAAUUCACGAAACCACAUACAACUCCAUCAUGAAAUGUGACGUCGACAUUCGUAAGGACUUGUACGCAAAUACCGUCUUGUCUGGUGGAACCACCAUGUACCCUGGUAUCGCCGACCGUAUGCAGAAAGAAAUUUCCAAUCUAGCACCUAGUACAAUGAAGAUCAAGAUCAUCGCUCCACCCGAAAGAAAAUACUCCGUAUGGAUCGGAGGAUCUAUCCUUGCCUCACUUUCAACCUUCCAACAGAUGUGGAUCUCCAAACAAGAAUAUGACGAAUCUGGCCCUUCAAUCGUACACAGAAAAUGUUUCUAAUUCUUUAUAUUAUGGAAAGAAAAAAUAAUCUAAUCAAUAAUUGAAUAUUUUACCACUUUUUAUGCAAUUAUAGAGCGUCAACGGUCAUUCUUUUAUGUCUGUAAUUAUCAUUUUAUGCCAGAUAUUGUCUUUUUAAUAUUUUCGAGAAAUACCGACAUAAUAUAAAUAUCGAAUUUAAUUGAAAUUUUGAACUUGAAAAUUUUCACAAUUAAAUGGCUUCAAGUAGAUGCAUUUCA